CAUGCGCGCUCUGCAGAGGACGUUAUCCUCUUAUCCAUAUUCACACAAACACACAAAUAUCCCGCGGUGCAUUUAUUCUUCAUACAUGCUGCAGGUGAAGAUGUCCCCUUGUGUCCUGCUCACUGCCCUUUUAGCCAUUCCUUUUGCUGUGGGUUGGGAUGUACCAAGUGAAAGAGAGGAAGCCCAAAUGGUGUGUUCCGGUCGGGAUUUUCGUCUUCCCGUUUACUCGACAUCCAGAACGGUAACUUUCACUCCAGACCCCGAGGGGCCGAGGCGUGCACUGCUGGACAAAACCAUUGUUAAGGACCCACGGUUUGAGUGGACCAGGGAUAAGAUGCUAGUCCUGAGAGAAGUGACUCAUGAGGAUCAGGGACUUUACUCCAUCAAACUGUCCUCUGGUUUCACCUAUGAAGCUGUUCGACUCACUGUUUCAGCAUGCAUUAAGUCCCAUCACAGAUUCUACGGGCAGAACUUUGAACACCACAUCCCUGAAAAUGGCUCCCUUCUGGAGUUUACUCCCUGGGGUGCUCCACCUGAAGCCAUGCCGGUUGUGCUGUGGAACCGGACGGACCCUGAGACCAGCGAUGCGGGCCGGGGGCGGCUGCUGCGGGCCGGGAAGGUGUGGGUCGCAGAGAGAGUGACGCAAGCAGACCAGGGGAACUACACCGUGAGAAAUGACAGGGGGAAGGUGGUGUCCCGCAGCACCCUGACUGUCCGCGGACGCUCCCUUAAUGUCACCCGCUUCUCCAAGGAGUCUCUAAACCUGCCCCUCUUUCUUCCUGUCCCUCAUGCACGCCUCAUUUUUACCCCCACCCGAUACCCUGACGAAUCCUCCCUGGGCCCUUAUGACCCCAAGCCCCCCCGUGGCCCUGUGCAGCUGAUCCGCGAGGGCCACAUUACAGACCACGACAUGCGCUACAGGGGCCUCGUCUCUCUGGGCAGGAACGGCACCCUCAAUGAGGUCGUCAUAAUGAGGCUGAGUGCAAGGCAUGAUGGGCUGUAUGAGAUCAGAGAUAUGGAUGGAAACCUGGUUUCCUCCACCUGGUUGCAGGUGAUCGAAAGGGGAGGCAGAUGGCGAACAUUUCUCAAGUCCAUCACUGUCCCUUCUGGCAUGUUUGUGUCCCUGGCUGGUAUCCUCCUCUUCAUGAGGCGAUACCCAAACUGCAGCCUGUCGCAGAUCAUCUCCAGCCUCCGAGGAAACCGCACGCUACCAGCCAACCCUCCGAGGGUCAACAUCCAGGACUACAGCCAGCCCAGCCCUCAGCCCUCGAGCUACUACAGACACCCUCAGGCGCCUGGAACACCGAGAAAAAUGACCCCCAGAGCCAGCCCCUCUCAUACCGGUUACUCUCCGGUCAUGAUGGGAAGUUCAAGAGCCGAGAACCAGGAAGCACACAGAUCACCAGCUAGGAGCUCCCCAUGUCAUAAUAUAACCACCGAGCGGCACACAUCUCAAAAUGACGAGGAGGAGAGAAGGAUUUAUUUUCCAGUGCCUGGGGCUUCGGACUGCCUCCACUCCUCAGAGGACUGUGUUCAAUUCCAGAUUAAGAAGGAUGGAGAUGCAAACAGGUGGAGCCAAUCACAAGGAUACUUCUCCACACUGCCACUAGACACAGAAACCUCAGACUCAUGCAGUGUUUACACAUCGGAGAAACUGAACUUCUUAUAAAUCAGAGAAUUGGAGCUCGAAAAGGAAAAUAAAAACCGUAAAGCAUGGAGAAACUGCACUGUUUCUCUGAUUGAAGAACGUGGUUUUGGAAAAGAAAGACUUCACCUGUGCCUUCUCCAUUUUAGUCCAGUUUUAAUGGUUUGGUAUUAAUAUUGCAUGUGCAUUUUCUUAAUAUAAUUUUCUACAGCAUGAGUUGAGCAUCAUCCUUCCUGUCUCAUAUUACACAUUUCUUGACACUGUUGAUGGUGCUUCUGAAAUCUCCCGCUGUAACCUACCUCAGGACCAGUAUGAUGUGCACUGUAUUUGCUGAGUGUUGAUACGAGUAUGUGUGUGGUGUGAUCUCUGGGCUACGUAGAAAUUAAAGUUGUGGUAUAAAAGUUUGCAAAAAGGAAUUCUUAAAUACUGUACAGUAAUAGAGAGUUAGUUGACGUGUUUUUCUUCAUCCAUUAUAACCAUUCCUAACUACAACCAUUCCUAAGGACAACAACAUUUAAAUAUCAUGUUUAAUGCCUGCUAUGCAGUCCAGUGAUUUUAUACCCUCAAGGUAACUGUUGUAUUAGUACUAGCUAUAGCCUAUCUAUCUGUAAACUCUACAAGAUAAUAUCGUAAGACCAAAUAUUUAGUAGAAAAGGUUGGACUGCUGCUUGUCAUUUUUUUGGACUAUCAAAAUGUCAUCUCUUAAACAAUAAAUAUAUCUUUACCACUCUCA